UUCAAGCGCCUCUAACCCUGUUUUUGAUCCGCAUUCUGAUGUCGCUGGAUGUGUAGUAGCCUAUCACCUUCGUCCUGCGGGCAAGCAGCCAUGCUUUUUUCGCUUGAUAGGACCGCAGGCUGACCGUUUCGGCUCACUGUCAUCAAAGCCCCAUACAGUAGUCGGAUAACGCAAGACCGGGGGGUUUACCGGCAGUCUGCUGCCGCUGUGGGUUCGUUCCAAUCAUUGGAGUGGAACUCAAUGCGCCUAUACCCGCUACAUUCUUGGAAGUAGGAGCUGCAUCCUGCAAUGGAUGCGGGCAGUAGCGCGACUGCAGGUCCAUCGCAACUUCCUCCGACAUAUCCUCACUCUCCGCCCAUUGCCCUCAGCAAGCGCACGAGUUCGCGCAAUGCGCUGAACUUCACAUAUCAGGAGCACGCGGGCAGUCCGCCCACUACACCCCCACCUAAUCGCACCAAGGCGUCGCGCAAGGGGAAGGAGCCCGUCAAUGCGCACAGAACGUCACGUAGAGAUCAACUAAGAGGAGAGGAUAGGGAGCGGAAAGGGCACGAGACCAGAGACUCAUGGUCAAGCACUACACGAGAUAGUGUCGUGGACAACCUGCUAUUCUCGCUCGACAGCUUCUCCAGCCAGGCUCUUCCGGACGAUAUGGACAACGAUGUCGACUUCGACAAGGAGAAGUAUCGCUUCCCGCAGAUUCCAGAGCUGCCUCAGUUCCUGGCAAGCAAGCCUUCACAGCGUCCGCGGGGCCAUACCUACUCCUCCUCGUUGUCUUCCGGGUACGAGAAUGCGAAGACUGGCGGUACACCAGGCAGCAAGUUCUCUUCGUCAAGUAAGAACAGACGUAGCGUCAGCAGCUCGCAGUUUGGAACCAUCACCAGCAAAACACGCGCUGCGCGGACAGGAACCGGAGUCAGCCAGGCAAGCUCGGAUACGCAAAGAAAGGUUACGAAUGGCGCGCAUGCGAAGAACACGAGCAGCGAUAUCGAUAGCCUAGACUAUGGGUACAGUGCUGUGAUCGAAUCUACCAACAGGCUGCCCAACCGGAGAUCUGUGAGCAUGGACCACCUAUUCGGCGGAAACCCGACAGGCCAAUCUGUGCUUGACCGUGGCCGGCCGGUACCAUCUGUGUACAGCAAGUUCGAGUCUGGCGAUGACGCCGCGCCGGAACCAGGCGUACCAGCUGGGCCGCGCAGGAAGCAGAAUCCCACUGCGACUGGGCCGGUGUAUGUCAACGCCGCGCCGACAAAGCACAGCAUCCGCAAAGUGCAUACGCAGAAUGACCUACGAAGCGCAAACAACCCGCUGCCACCCGUACCGCACCAUGUGCAAGAGCAGGCGAGCGACUUCGUACGUGCGAAUAGCUUGCAUAGCAGACUUGCCUCUCCAAGCCCACGCGAGCAAGCUCCGCCUAUGCCUGGUCCCAACUUCCCAAGUAUUUCUCGCAAAGACACACCUUCACCUCAUCGCGAGAAGCCUGGCUUCUUCAAGCGUGUCUGGGGAGCCGCGAGCCGUACUGCAACGGGACUUUCAGAUCGUAGCGACUCAAUGGACUCAUAUGACCAUCUCGACAGAGCCAAAUCCCACACGUCCACUGACACCUCCCGCCCUAGCGAUGUGCGCAAAUCGUCGAGGGAUCAAUCUGCAGCAACGCGCCCACCUCCAGCGCUGAGUAAGAAACCCUCGUCUUUCUUUCGACGACGGAAAAAGUCGAACACGGAGAACGAUCGCCCACCUUUGCCUUACUUACAGGCCAACGUGAAACCAGCGGAGCCGAGUCCAACAGUGAGCAGUCUUCGCAAAGUGAUGGAUCCUUUCCUAACGCACGACGGUGCCGCGGAGGCCUUGCCUGGCGAGCCUCUACGUGUUGGUAGAGAGGCAGCUGUGCCAGAGUCUCCAGCCGACGACUCUGAUGACCUCGACUUUUUCCAUUCCGGCUACACGCCGCCACGAGACGCUUCGCUUGGGCGACGCGAUCCUAUGAGGAGAGAUGUCACGGUACGGGGCAAGCCCAAGCAGAGUACGGACCGCGAGGAAAGUCCGAGGAUGAAGAUCAGGAUGAAGAAGCGAAACGCAGAAACAGAGUACUUUGAGCGGCUUAGGGCGGACGCCGCGCCUACGAGCCACCCUGCGCUUGCACCUGGUCAACCCAAGAUCUCACCCAUGUCCGAGACGCCAAAUCUGGAGGCGCCACCCGUGAAGGAGAUUGACCGCCCAGUGAGCCGCGCCAGCACAGGUGAUAGAAUCAUCGCGUCCCAAGGCAACAGUCCGAUCGAGCCGACCGAGCUAAUGAACAGCUUCAACAUCCCCAUGAACCCUGGCGCGAAUGGCGUCGAUGAUGGCUGGGUCGUUGUGCGUCCAACAGGACCAAGCACGGAACGACCAGACUCGAAGAAGUCUGAGCGCUUAUUCCUUAGGCCCACAGAAGCGGAGGAGAAGCUUCCAGUACCUGCCGAUGAAGCACCGCCGCUUGGUGAAGACGAGCGCGCGGCUUCGAUGAAGUCCACGGGUGUGUUCACGGAAGCGGCAGAGUCGAUGGAACAGUCGCCACAAGGUACCUCGAGCAUAUACCACUCCACAACGAGCCUGCAGCUUCCGAGUUUGCAAAUCGAAGGCUUGCCACGACUCUCGGGCGACACCUUUCUCGUCCGUGAAGUCCCUUCGCCCAUCGAGGAAGGCGCGGAGUAUCGAGAGCGGGCACGCAGGAUAUUCGAUGGCGACGAGACGGACCCCACCCCAACUGAAGCUGCAUCCUGGCUUGGGGAGAAGACGACGCUCAGUGCGAGGACCCUGCAAGCUUACAUGGGCUUGUUCGACUUUGCUGGCAUGAACAUUCUAGCCGCAUUGCGAGCAUUGUGCGGCAGGCUGUUGCUGAAAGGCGAGACGCAGCAGUUCGAUCGUAUCAUCACUGCUUUGUCCGAGCGGUGGUGUGAGUGCAACCCAAACCAUGGCUUCAAGGCGCAGGACGUGGUGCAUACAAUUUGCUAUUCACUGAUCCUACUGAACACUGAUCUGCACAUGGCGGACAUUGGCGAGAAGAUGUCGAGGGCUGCUUACGUCAAGAAUACGCUGCCUACGAUCCGACGCGUGGUGGUGGAUGCUGCGCCCAAUGCUUUCGAUGAUACGGUCAAGCCUAGCCCGAACUCAUCGAGACCUUCGCUACCGUGGCUGGACUCACAGGCAUCCGCACCGGGAGCUUCGGCUGUUACUGCGGUAGAGUCGUCCGGAGAACGGCCGUCGAUGGACCUACCGCGGCCAAAUGCCAACACUCUGAAGCGUCUCUCCAUCCGUCCCGGCGUCUUCAGAUCGGAGUCGGAUGGCUGGUACAGCGAUUCUUCGGGAGUCACAAGCGCUUCGAAUGCGCUUGUCAAUCAGCCCUGGACCGGCAGUUUGCGCGGGUGGGAGUUCGAGGUCGAAAAUGUCCUCAAGUCCUUCUUCGGAUCCAUUCGUGCGGAACCACUGCCUUUGGUGGAUCCGCCCCUGCCUACUACGACGCCGUCGUCCGAGCGCAAUCUGUCCGCCCCGAGUAGCGGUGCCUUGAAGCGCACGGGUUCGGUCGUCAGUAAGGCGCCAUCCGAGAAUAUGUCGUACCGCUCGAAGCCCGGUGCGAGGACGAUGAUGGGGGGAUGGCAGAACAGGGCGAACCGCUCGCGGCCGAAACUGUACCCUGCAAGCACAGUGGCGUCGUCUCGCACUAGCUUCGAUGAAGGGAACAGCGCGUGGUCGCCGGCGCAGAGUAGUAUGUGGAGUAAGAACUCUGUCUCGAAGACUCUGACUUCCGCUUCGAUGAACAGUCUCAGCUACCAUCUCUCGCCCGUGGUGGCAGACUACAAGCACUCUAUCGGCUUUGCCAAUGCGCUGUCACAGGCCAUCAUCCGCGAGGAAGGCGGCAGCAUCGCGACGGACGACGGCGGGUCGAUGUCCAUACCCGGCAGUCUCCUCGAGGAUGAGUCGCUGGCGCUCGAAGGCGCGCCAUGGGCGAAGGAGGGCUUGGUGAAGCAUAAGCAUCACCUCGAAGCACCCGAUCGCAAAUCCCGCGACCGGGACUGGAAAGACUGCUUCGCCGUGAUCAGCAAAGGCAGGCUGACCCUCUUCGCCUUCGGCACCACUACCAAAUCCCUCUCAAUGGGUCGCAAAGCCCACGCCCGGCAGACGGGUGGCAGUCGCGCACCCAGCCUCGCCGCCACCAAAGUCGGCGGCGGCGACUGGAUGGAACACGCCGAGCAACUUGACACCUUCAUCCUCCGCCACACCAUCGCCUCGACCCUGCCUCCACCCGGCUAUAGUAAGACUCGGCCGCACGUGUGGGCACUCAGUCUCUCCUCGGGCGCGGUCCACUUGUUCCACGUCGGCACGCCGGAGAUCGCGAACGAGUUCGUGACAAGCGCUAACUACUGGUCUGCGCGGCUCAGCAAGGAACCGCUCAGCGGUGGUGUCAGCAACAUCGAGUACGGAUGGUCGGAUCAAGCCAUUAAUAUCGCGUUGAUCCUACCUGACCGGCCUGACAGCAGCGCGGCGUUUAAGAGCCCGCCGUCUACCUUGCAAAAUCUUGCGAAGGCGGGCCAAAUGCAUUCCUCGGCGGGCGUUGGCUCGAGUCCGCCUAUUGGCGGGCCACGGACGAGCUUCCAGUCCAGCAUGCGUGGGAGUUUCGAUACGGGUUUCGGUGCGGGUGCGCGGAAUCGCUUGCCGGGGGAUAAGGUGCAGAUUGCGGAGUGGCAGCCGCCGAGCCAGAGUAUGAUGGCGAGUCAGUUAUUGGAGGUGGAUCAGUUGAGGCAGUUGACGGAGUACGUGAACGGAGUGGAGGGGGAGUUGGAGCGGCAUGGUGAAUUGAAGCAUGUCAUUGACCUUGCUUACUCCCCUCGCCACCCCAACCACACCCGUGCUAUGACGAACUGGCAACGCAAGUCGGAUUACUUGCUGAGGGAGAUUGUCAAGUUCCGGACGUACAUGGACUCGCUUGCUGCCGCUCAGACUGCGAAGGAUCGCUUCUAUGCGAAGAAGGUGGAGCAGCAGGAAGCUGCGUCAGUUACUGCCACUAACAAGAGUGGCAACACCACAGCCAAAGAAGGGCCGACCUUACUGCCAAAGUCGCCAGCAAAUAGCAGCCGCACCCGGAGCCCAGCGGGCAGUGGCAAGUUUAGGGAACAGCUAGACCCGGUGCCAAAGACGGCUGGGUAGGGUCUUGCUGUCAUUACGAGCCGGGUUAUGGCCAUCGCGGGUUGG